AUGACACUCGAGGUGCCAACUGACUUGGCUGCCAAACAGGAUGCCUACCAUGCCCGUCUUAUAGCCAGAGAUAUAAUGAUUCUCAAGCAUGUUUUUAUAAAUAAACUUAUACAAAGCAUACGAACAUAUGCUGUUUUAGAUAGUUUCGAGUCCUCUACUUAUUACAGUUUGCGAGCAAUCCAUCAAAACAAUAAAGAAGAUCGUGAGGAGAAGUGGAAGGAAUCGAUUCUGACAUUUGAAAGUGAUCUCGGUCUUGAAGAACCUUCUCUGGAAAGUGCAUGGACAUUCUGGAUGGCUUUUCUCUAUGCCGGCACUAUUUACACAACUAUUGGGUACGGUAAUAUUGCGUGUACCACAACCGCAGGUAAAGUAGCGACGAUGAUCUAUUCGAUGUUUGGUAUUCCUAUUAUGCUAUUAAUUCUCAACGAUCUCGGCUCAUUGCUACUUGUUUGGGUAAAGCAUAUUGCCAGCUUCUCAAGUGAUUUCCUUCUAUUUCUAGGUGUCCGAGCAGGAAUCGUUGGCCUGAAGGAGGGCUCGAAGGAACGCCUACGAUACGUCUCAAUGAGCAAGAAACUAUCUUCCCUCGGGCUCAAUAGCAACGUGUCUCUUGCAAGUUUAGUUGCGGUAUGGACAUUCUUUAUCAAAAUCCCUAGUAAGAAAAGUUCGAUAGUCCUCACUUCCGGCCACUAG